GUGCCAGCCGGGGCCACCCCGCAGAAGCGCCCCGCGCCCCCCGCGGCGCCCGCGACCGGCGCGAAGAGGCCGAACGCAGGGACCGGCCCUCAAGUCUACGUAGUCUACUCCACCAACGAUGCCGACGAGAUAGGGAUCGACACGCUGGUCGGGGAGUACACGGAGAUUGGCGUGAACCACGGCAAGAAGUCUUUCAAGAGGAAGCCGAAUCCAGACGACCCGGACGACCGCGAGGUGUUCAUGUACUAUUGGGACAAUCGCGACGGGGCCCAGUUCUCGGGCUGGUGGUUUGGCAACGCCGUGGGCGGCGAGCAG